AUCGGUAUUCCAACUAUUCUGCUCUGCUUUUCUAUUGCCUUUGUGAGUACAAAAAGGAAUGCUCUGAAUGGCCGACCAGACAUGUUUGAAGGCGACAUUGACGAUAUGACGCGCAAACAUCAAACACCAAAUACCAGAGGAGAUCAUGAUUCCUUUGAAGAUUUCUUUGAUGCUCAAGGAGAUGAAUCGUGAGUAGAAGUAUUUAAAAUUUACAAUAUAUCCAGAACUAGUGUUUAUGAUAACAAGUUAUCAGGGUACCGAAAACCUCUACAAAAUAAAUUUAAUAGCCGUUUUUUGUUUUAGUGGAGGCGUGUGUGGUCGAGCGGUUAACACCUCGAACUGUCAGGGGUUCAAGCCUCGCCCAUCGCGUUGUUUCCUUAGACAAAGAACUUUACUCCACUUUGUCUCUCCCAGGUGUAUAAAUGGGUACCGGCGACAUACUGCUGGGAGGUAACUCUACGAUGGACUAGCAUCCCGUCCAGGGGGGAAGUAGCAGUACUCCGUAGGCAUACUUAAUGCUACGGAAACCGGUAUAAGCUCCGGCCGUUUGGGCCUUUGACUCGUGUGCGCCUUCAGCCUCGUCCCCAGGGCUUAUCCCGCCCACCCAUUUUUUGAGGGAAAAGCCCUGAGGACGAGGUUGGUGCGCCUUACCUUACCUACCCUUGCCUUUUGUUUUGUUUUGUUUUUUGCUUGUUAGUUUUUUCAAUGUACGUUGCAUGCCUGUUUAUGUCGCUCUCAAUUAGCGAAGAAAGAGACACUUUGAGAUAUACUUAAAUGUAUACUUAAUUUCCUAAUUCUCAGUGAUACAGAAAAUACAUUUUAUGAUUUAACUAUCUUUUAUGUGGGGCGAUAUAGCAUUACAACUUCAAAAAAGGUCCCUAACUUCCGGAUUGGUGCGACUUGUGAAAAGUUUUGAACUAACCGCGGCAGGAUUAGCUCAGUCGGUAGAACGUUUGAUUGCAGAGCGGGAGGUCGCGGGUUCGAUUCCCGGGGCCGGACCAAUACUCAGGGUCUUAAAAUAACUGAGAAAUGAAGGUACUUCCUUUGUCCUGCAGGCGGCUGGACCUUCGCGCGGCUCGGAUGACCACUUAAAAUGGCGGUCCCGUCUCCAUUACGAGACGUAAAAUAUAGUGUCUCCAAUUAGCACUUUCGUGCUAAAUACAUUGACACUCAAAUAAUGCUUUUUUUUUAAUAAAUCGGUUAGGUAAUUAAUAAAACAGUGACUUUAGAAUCUCAACCAGAAGCCAAAUUUAUCUUUUUCAACACAAAAUAUGACAAGCGCAUUUAAAGCAAUUUUGGUACUAGACCCAUACGAAGAACUGGCGGACAGUCUAUCUCGCAAAGUUAAGAUGUUGACAAUUUUGUAGCAGGAAAUCACUUUUAUGUAUUGAGGUAACUUUAUGAGCGAGCUUUUUUAAAUUCUCUAUCGUUACAUGCCUUCUUUUGAUUGUGCCAACUUUUGAUCUAAAUCUCUAAUCUUUUCUGACUUUUUCAUUCUUUAAAGCGAGAAUGAGGAGUAUGAUUUUCAAGAUGCUCCUCCUCGUAGCCGAUGGGGAGGGGGUCCUCAGAUUAGUUGGCGCAGAUGA